GCUGGCAGUCGUCAGGCAACUGAGGCCACUCAGGCCACACGUGCUACAUACGAAUGAAGAGCGUCGUGUGCUCUGGAGUGAUUGCAGUGCUAACCGCAGCCUUCAUUGCCCUGAUAAGGAGCACAAGUGCCUCCUGUAAUUAUGAAAUAUGGAUUGUCGACCAAGCCGACUCCAACAAUGGAACGGCACUUGUUGGCUAUGGGGGAUACAUCUACAUUUUCCAAAGCCGUGACCUGAAAAAAGCCCAUGAAAUUAUUGACCUCGGCGGUGAAGUGUCUCGGCUCUGCUUCCAGCAAACAGGCUCGUACCCCGUCCGGCCGCACAUGUUGCUGUUCAACCUAGCCCACUCGCAUGCCGUACUGGCGUUUGUGGCUUCGGGCCAUGUCGUGAUUUUCCGCUCUGCGGACCGUCAGCCGUUGGCCUGCUUCCGCACCACACCAGGCUUCAAUGGCCUGCGCCAGGCGCACGCUGGGUUCACAAUGGGAGACGACAAGUACAUCGUUGUGGCGAAUCAGAACGGCAAGAAGGUCGAGCGGAUAAACGUCGAUUGGGAGAACGAAGUAUUCGAGCAUGACAUGAACGCGACAUUUACAAUGUACGGCAACUGCACGACACCCAACAACGCACCCUGUGAAGACCCAGUUCUCCGCCCGGAUAAUGCGCCGAUCUGCACCCCGCCGGGCAACCCACCGCUGGCCUUCAUAACACUGCGCGGGGGCGGAAUGUUUGUGCUCGACUACACAAAGACGCCGAUGCAAGUCGUAGCGGAGUACGACAAAAAUCACAUUGGAGCCAACGGAUGCGGCGGCGUCGCAGCGGGCAAUUACAUUACAGUCACCUUCGUCCCUGCCGUACAUACUCCCUGCCGGUGUAGGUACAUCAACUCUGGAGGGGGCACCCCAAAUAACCUGUACGAGUUCAAGGUAUACAAACUGCCCCAAACCGGCUACGCGGCAGGCAACCCGCCCAACACGCCCGUUCCCAAAGUGGUGGCUGACGACAGUACAGGUGAACGGGACGCGCACUACGCGGGCGUCACCUACAAUCAAAAAAUAAAGGCCAGCUAUUUCUGGCAGCCGGACAGGGCUCAAAGCGUCAUCGACGUAUUUUCUUUCAAGUCUGACAAGUUCGUGAACCGGAUCGAUCUCAAGGCCACAAACCUUUCAACCGACCCCACACCGGAUGCACUGGCCAUCUCGCCGCUAAUGGACUAUGCCUUCGUGAGCCUCCGCGGGCUGUACCCAAUGUCCGCGGACCCGCACGUCAGCACGGGGAGCUCUCCAGGCCUGGGGAUUCUCCGGGUCAUCCAUUCUGGUCGGAGUGCGCAGCUGAAGGCUAUCGUCCCCAUCGAGAACCUGGUCAAUGGCACGAACCGUGCUGACCCGCACGCGCUGGGCUUGUACGUGACUAGAGCCAACUGUCCAGAGGCAUAUGGCUUCCGGCGGCAGCUGCGCGGUCGCAGCUGAUUGAUUAAAUUAGCAGCAGUGCAGUUCUGUUUUCUACGCGGAAAAGCGCUUAUAAAAGGGACCCUUGAUCGAGUCCCAGCGGCUGCAAUAGUCUGUUAAAUGUUUGGUCACCUACAGAUCGCACCCUGGUAUAACCAUAAAUAUAACGAUAAAUAAUUUCUCAGACGGUAAAAACAAAGCUCCUGGACGCAUAUGGACAUUUUGCUAACACCAAAGUUUAUCCAUCUAUCCACGAAUGCAUGUGGUUAGGACGUUGUAGGAUGUCAUCAUGCUUGCUGCACAAUCCCUUAGCUGCACGCCUGCACUUAGACGAUAGUAGAUAGGUUGCUAUUUCUGCUCGUUUUAAAGUUCUGGGAUUGUGGACGGAUCUGUUGGAUGCGGGCGUAUGUGUAUAUGUUGUCGUGCUUUUGCUAUAUAUGAUCUCACGCAAAGGGAUGGAGCAACUGCUCAUGCUCUUGCUCCCGUGAUUAAUAUCUCACCUCACUCGCAAGAUAUUGGAGCAGCGAGUGACGCUCAUCAUUAAUAUAAGGUAUUUGAUCGCCAGGAGCAUCGCCAAUUAAACGGUCGACUUGGUAUUUUCUGUUCAGGGCUAUUCGAAGUCUUGUGGAUCCUCUAUUUCUUCGUGAUUUUGUACGGAUUGAUGCUGAAGCGUGCUUUCUAAUAAUGAGACGCUGAAGCAAUUCACGGAUUUGGAGAGGUGUUCGUAUCGAGAUAUCAAGCAGUUUAGGCACCUCAUGUCCGCAACACAGUUCAUCAUAUACAAGGCAGUUCGUCAUAAAAAGUGGCUCUGUAUUCCAAAACUUUUCUUUAUGAAGUAGAUAUGAAAUAGUCCGUGCCAUUCCCAUCCAUUUUGCAAUCUGUACA